AAGGGCUUUGAAAGAGUCUCUGAGUUUGACAGGAACAUGAAGAUGUUUGUGGUGUUUGUGAUCCUCCUGCACGUUUCCCAGCAUGCUCUGGCUGUGGUGGUGGAGGUGAAUGAGGGGGAAAGGUCUGUCCUGCUGUCCUGUCUGUACUCAGGUUCUAUACCUGAGGACAAUCCAACAGUGAUGUGGACUCGCAGUGACCUCGAUCCCAUAUCUGUACACCAACGACGAGAAGGAGGAGACGAUCUUAGAGGACAAAACCAGCGUUACAGCAGACGCACAUCAAUGAAUCGUUACGCUUUCAUCAUUAAAGACUUCAGCCUCACUCUGAGGAAACCCACAAAGACUGACAGUGGCAACUAUACCUGCUCCAUCAGUGCUGGAGGAAAAGAACGGAGAUUCAGAGACAUCCAGCUGCAGGUCAAAGACCAGCAGGCGGAGGUGAAGGUGAGAGAAGGGUCACAGUCUGUCAUCCUGCCCUGCAACACAACACCUGACCUGUCUGAGGACACCACAGUGGAGUGGACUCGCUCUGACCUCGGACUCAUCACAGUCCAUGAGUAUUCUAACCAAAGUGGCCAACUUAUGACUCAGGAUGAAGUUUACAGAGACCGAACAAAGAUGAAUGAAGACCCACUGAGAACUGGAGACCUCAGUCUGACCCUGAAACACCCCACAGAGAGAGACACAGGACGAUACAUCUGCACCAUCUACAGGGACAAAGACAUCCUGAGAAAAAAAGUCAUGCUGCAGGUCAAAAAUUACCAAGUGGAGGUGGAUUCAGGGGUGGCGUCUGUCAAGCUGCCCUGCAAAACCAUAUUUAAAUUCCUAAAACACACUAAAGUGGAGUGGAGGGACAGAAACAACAGGAAGGUCCAUGUGUAUCAGAACGGCUCUGACCAGCCUGAAAAACAGCACCGGUUUUACAGAAACCGAACAGAGAUGAAGAGAACAUCUCUGCUGAAACCUGGAGACCUCAGUCUGACCCUGACAUAUCCCACGGAUGACGACAACUCCAUCUAUACCUGUACCAUCUACAGCAGGAAAGGAAACAUACUGACAAGGAAAAAUGUGCAGCUCCAUGUCAGAGUCCCCCAGGUGGAGGUGGAUUCAGGGGAGGCAUCUGUCCUGCUGCCCUGCAAAACUACCAUAAACCUGCCUAAAGAUGCUAAAGUGAAGUGGAUGACCAGAUUCAACAGGAAGGUCCACGUGUAUGAGAACGCAUCUGACCAGCUUGAAGAUCAGGACAACCAUUACAGAGACCGAACACAGAUGAAUAAAGACCUGCUGAAAACUAGAGACCUCAGUCUGACCCUGAAAUACCCCACAGACUGGGACGCAGACAUCUACACCUGCACCGUCUGCAACAGGGAGGGGAAAAAAAUCCUGAUGAAACAAGUGGAGCUG